AUGAAGGACGUGAGAGCACGUGGUUACAUUCUAUCUACAACCGAACUGUACCAACAACGACUUCUGAUUUCAUGCACGACCGCCCACCAGAUGUGGAGGACCCUCUCUGCCCAACAUCUAGAGCAUGCAGCAGAUAACCGGCUCGAUGUCCAGGCAAGAUUCUACAGUUAUCAGUACCAACCGGGCACUGACAUGAAGAACCACAUAGCUGAGAUUACAUCUGCCCAACAUCUAGAGCAUGCAGCAGAUAACCGGCUCGAUGUCCAGGCAAGAUUCUACAGUUAUCAGUACCAACCGGGCACUGACAUGAAGAACCACAUAGCUGAGAUUACAUCCAUCGCACAUCACCUGGGGGAGAUUUGCCUCCCAGUCAACGAAGAGCAACUGUGCACCAAAAUCAUCAGCAUUCUUCCAGCCGAGUACCACGGAUUCAAAACCGCUUGGCACAACUCCAACCAAGAGAGACAGACCAUCCUCAGCCUAACAGCCAAACUGCUCCAAGAAGAGAGGGAGCAGGCAAGAUGGAAAACCAAAACAACCGACAAUGAAGUGGCGCUCCAAGCCCAGUCAUCAACCUCAUUCACCAGGAACGGUAGACGACAAGAAGAACCUCACACCCAUCCAUCAGCAGGUUCAUCGGCCAAAGGAAGCUACCGAGAGGGACGGAACAAACAUUGCAACCCGAGUCGCCCCAGAAACCACCAUGGCAGCCAGCGUAAAGAUCUUCAAGAAUGCACCUACUGUGUCCUCGACAACCACCUCGUCGACCGCUGCAACACCAAAAGGCGCCACGAACGAACGGACAAGGAAAGAGCAGACCUGGCGAAGAGAAUGAAGAAAGAUCACGACAAGAUGGCAACCGACCUCAUGAGGGACGUCACACCUAAUCAGGAUUUCAGCCUCGUCUCCACGUCCCCACGAUACCAUACCAGAAGCAAUGGAGAUUGGUUUGCGGACAGUGGGGCGACGCAGCACAUGUCGGACCAGAAGGACUGGCUGCAUGAUUUUGGGCCUUACCCGACGGCUCCUGGUCCAUCAAAGGAAUCGGAUCAGCCAGCUAUCCUGUAA